AUGCAGUCUGAAUCCAGCCGGUGUGAAGAGGAAACUCCUUCCCUCUUGUGGGGUUUGGAUCCUGUGUUUCUAGCCUUCGCAAAACUCUACAUCAGGGAUAUCCUGGACUUGAAGGAGUCCCGCCAGGUGCCAGGUGUAUUUUUUUACAGUGGGCAUCCAAUAAAACAGGUAGAUAUCUUGGGAACUGUAAUUGGAGUGAGAGAAAGAGAUGCUUUCUACAUUUGUGGAGUGGAUGAUAGCACUGGAGUUAUAAACUGCAUCUGCUGGAAGAAAUUGAAUAAUACCAAAUCCUCAUCAGCUGCUCCGAGUGCAAGAGAGCUGAGCUUAACCUCACAGCUUAAGAAGCUGCAAGAGACCAUUGCGCAGAGGACAAAGGUAGAAAUUGGGGACAUUAUCCGGAUCAGAGGUCACGUCCGCAUGUACAGAGGAGAGCGAGAAAUUCACGCCACUGCUUAUUAUAAAGUGGAUGAUCCCGUGUGCAACAUUCAAAUCGCAAGGAUGCUUGAGCUGCCCACCAUCUACAGGAAAGUUUAUGACCAGCCUUUCCGCAGCCCAGCCCUGGAGAAAGAAGAGGCACUGAGCAAUCCAGGCGCCCUGGACCUUGACAGUCUCACGUAUCUGCUGAGUGAAAAAGUCAAAGAAUUCCUUGUGGAGAACAGAGUGCAAACCUUUUACCAGCAGGAGUUGGAAACGGUGGAGUCCCUGCUGUCCCUUGCCAACCAGCCUGUGAUUCACAGCGACUGCUCCGGGCGAGAGGAUUUUAAGAAUGAAACCACUUCCAAGGCAAUUCAUAGUAUAUUUAGGAAUGCUAUAAAGCUGCUGCAGGAAGAAGGACUUGUUUUCCAGAAAGAUGGUGGUUUUGAUAACCUGUUCUAUGUAACCAGAGAAGACAAAGAAUUGCACAGAAAGAUCCACCAGAUCAUUCAAGAAGACUGCCAGAAACCAAAUCACGUGGAGAAGGGCUGCCACUUCCUGCACAUCCUGGCCUGUGCUCGCCUGAGCCUCAGCCCAGUCCUGAGUGAAACUGUGCUGCGGCAAGUGCUGGAGCUCUUGGAGGACCAGAGUGACAUCGUCAGCACCACAGAGAACUACUACACUGCGUUCUGA